AUGCAAACAUAUUGUAUUUCUGAUUAUAAUUGUAAUUCUGGAAGGCCAAUUGAUUUGAGUGAUCCAAGCCAAAUCCAAGUUUGUAUUCGUGGUUGGUGUUGUAGUCAAACAGUAACACCCAAAUCACAAGUUAAUGUUUACCUACCUAAAGACCAAUCUUGCCCUAAAGGAACCUUUAAUGUAGAAUUACUUUGUCAUUCAAAUGAGGACUGUCUUAGAACGGGAGGAAUAGCAAGAAUUCCUUUCCCUAUUUUGGAAUGUGGAAAUCAGGGGUUUUGUUGUACAUCCAGUAAAUAUCGAAAACCUCUUCAAUAUGGAGAUAUUUGUUUAAAUGGAGGCAAUGCUUUAGGACAAAGGUGCCAAAAAUCAGAAGAAUGUCAGGGAAGACAGCAACAAAAUAUUGGAACGGGAGGUAGUUUGCUUUGUGUUGAUGAUGAAUGUUGCACUCAUCCUAAUCAAGGGAAUGUUCCAAAUUUAGAUGAAAGACAAAGAGUUGCUAAUAAAUGCCCUUCUGGAACAUUUACUGGGAAAUAUUGUUCGGGUUCUGUUGCUAAUGAAUGUGGAAAUCCUUCUACAACAUUUUGUUAUCAAGGAAUUUGUUGCUCUACUGCUGCAAGUAGACAAGAUUCUAGUUUGGAUGAUUUCACUCGAGGAAGUUCUGCUUGUUCAACUUAUAACUAUAAAUAUAUUAAUCGUCAUUGUUCUACACCUCUUAAUUGUGGAUUUCAAACUGACAAUUUUCUUUGUAUUUCUGGAUAUUGUUGUGUAAAAUCUAAUGGUAAAUGUGCACAUUUAUAUUGGGAUUGUACUCCGUCCCCGGAAAUUGGGGAAUUUGAGCCUACUUUUUUAAAUAAAAUUUACAAAAAAUUAACUAAUAUUUUUAAUUAUUUUAUGUCCAAUAAAUGA